UGAUAUAAGUAACACAAGUCAUUUUCUACAUUACUAUAUAUUUUUGGUUUCCUUCCAUGUAAAACUCUCUCCAAUAGCUUUGGGCAAAUAAGGGAAUAUUAAAUGGAGUAGAGCAAAGGAGAUAAAAAAAAAACAAUAAAGAAUACUUUAAAAUAAAGGAUUAGUGAGAGAGUGGGUGAAGAGGAACAACAGCGACCUCCUCUCUUCUUCUUCUAUCUCUCCUACUUUAUCUCUCUCUUUUGAUAUUGUGUUAAAGGAGCAAGAAGAAGAUAUUACUACCAACAAAAAAACAAAAACCAAAAAAAAAAAAAAAGCUUUCUCUUUCUUUUCCCCCUCUCCAUUUCUCAACUAGUCCACAUAAUUAAUUUAUUGUUAGUUUAUAUCUCUUUCCAGAAGGCGAUCGAAGAGGGAGCACACUUAACUGCAAAGAGAACCACAAAGAGAAAGCAUAACCCAAACAAAAAAGAAAAACUAAACAAAAAUAUAUAUAAAGAAGAGGUUGAUACUUGAUAGUUGAUAGUUGAUAGAGAGAGAUUUUAUUAAUUUCUAGCUAAGGCUUAAGGUAUUUUCAAUUUGCAGAAGCUGUCUACAACCUCUUGCAAUAUUAUUCUCAAAGAAAAAAGGUAGAGAAGAAGAAGAAUUCAUCAAGAACAAAUAUAGUUAGAUGCUCAAAGUUGGUAUGCUAUUGUUGCAAAGAAUGAUGAAGAAAAGGGUUGUGAUAAUAUGGGCAUAGCGCAACCAGCACCACCAGUUUGCUCGUCAUCAUCAAACAAGAAAAAAAACACCACCAUUAUUUCUCGUCCAAUAAUUGGUAAAUCCAACAAUAAUAAUUCUACAAAUUCUAUGUCCCACGAAUAUCAUCAUCCACAUAAUCAUCAUCAUCAACAACAACAACCAGCUAAUAUCUUCACCUUCUCGAAUGGGUUUGAUAGAUCUGCUGGGUUAGCCCAACAGACGGACCAGGCAACUGCGGCAGAAGACACUGCUGGAGACUUACAUCAUCCAGUUGUGUACGAAUCAGCCGGAAUGUUAUCAGAGAUGUUCAACUUUGGACAAGGACCGGGGGUAGGGCCUACCCCCGGUCCCGAGUUAUUAGACUACCGCCGGGCUGUUGCUGGGACUGGGAUAGGCCCUGCUGACUGGUAUGGACACAACCGGCAAGUUUCAAGAGAUAAUCAACAUCAUCAUAUGGAAGACCAAAAUCAGCAUCAACAUCAGCAGCAUCAGCAACAUCAUCAGAUGGGUGGUAGUAUAAGUGUACAUGAUUCAGCUGCAGCCAUGCAGCUAUUUCUGACAAAUCCGCAACCAAGAUCACCAUCACCACCACCACCACCAGAAGCGGCACAACCAAACAUACAGCCGGGUGGUGGAGGGGGUUUCCACUCCCUAGCUGCGGUUGGGGUGGUUCAUCAUCCAUCAUCAACUACUACUAAUAAUACUAGCAGUACUACAAAUCAUCAUCCUAAUUUUUGGAGUGCGCCCCAUCAUAUAAAUAAUCCACCAGAAUUAAGCGGGAUUGUGGAAGGACAAGGGUUAUCAUUAUCGUUAUCAUCAUCUUUACAACACUUGGAAGCAGCAAAACAAGCAGAAGAAGAAUUCAGAAACAUUGGGGGUGGUGGACCAACUGGUGACACUCAUAUUAUGUUCUUCAACCAACAUCAAACUAAUGCUACAGGAGUUGGUCCUUCUACAUCAAACACUACUACAUCUACCGGCAACCAUUUUUUCAAGAACUUGGCUCCAAGUCCACAUCACUUGCAACCCGUGGGCGCGUUUGGGGGUCCGAAUAAUGCUCAAAACCAAGUCCAUAUAGGGUACGGGUCAGCCGCAGCCUCGUCAUCUUUGGGAGUAGUCAAUGUGUUGAGGAAUUCAAAAUAUGCUAAGCCUGCUCAAGACUUGCUUGAAGAGUUUUGUAGUGUUGGAAGAGGUCAGCUUAAAAAGCCUAAAUUAGGGAGGCAGAAUUCCUCAAACCAAAACCCAACCAUGAGUGGUAGCGGUGGCGGUGGUGGUGGUGGUGGCGGUGCUGGAUCUUCCUCGUCGACGAAAGAUCCGCCACAAUUAUCACCUUCUGAUAGGAUAGAACAUCAAAGAAGGAAGGUCAAACUCUUAGCAAUGCUUGAUGAGGUGGACAGAAGGUACAACCAUUAUUGUGAGCAAAUGCAAAUGGUAGUAAACUCAUUCGACCUAGUAAUGGGAUAUGGAGCAGCAAUACCAUACACAGCAUUAGCUCAAAAGGCGAUGUCGAGACAUUUUAGGUGUCUAAAGGAUGCCAUUCAAGUGCAGCUGAAGCACAGCUGUGAAGUGCUAGGAGAAAAGGAUCCAACGACGAGCUUAGGGAUAACGAAAGGCGAAACGCCGAGGUUGAAGGUACUUGAGCAAAGUUUAAGACAACAAAGGGCGUUUCAUCAAAUGGGGAUGAUGGAUCAAGAAGCUUGGCGCCCUCAACGUGGAUUGCCUGAAAGAUCUGUUAAUGUACUAAGAGCUUGGCUCUUUGAACACUUUCUUCAUCCGUAUCCAAGCGACGCUGAUAAGCAUCUGUUAGCUCGUCAGACUGGUUUAUCAAGAAAUCAGGUAUCAAACUGGUUCAUAAAUGCAAGAGUGAGGUUGUGGAAACCCAUGAUUGAAGAGAUGUACCAACAAGAGGCCAAAGAAAGAGAAGAAGAGAGAGAAAGAGAAAGAGAAAGAGAAGGAAACCAAACGAGUAGCAGCACCAGCAACAGCUUUGCAACACAACAGCAACAGCAACAGCAACAACAACAACAACAACAACAACAACAAGCAGCAAGUGCACAGAACCCAAUAUCUUCUGCUGUUGCUGUUACUGUUGCUGCAUCAACCUCUGUGUUAUCAGAAGGCAAAAGAUCCGCUGAUACAAUGACACCACCACUCGUGGGCCCACCACCUGACCGUGACACUUCAAUCCUUGAAUUCAAUAGACAACACCACCAUCAGCACCACCACCCGCCACCGCCUCACUCAGUCACCGUCCCGCCUAGUGGGUCCCAGGAUUUCUUAGAUGACACGUGUCACUUUAGCCCUGACAAUGUGGGCCCCACCACUAUGAUAAGGUUUGGAACUACAACUGGUGACGUGUCACUUACUUUAGGGCUCCGUCAUGCCGGGAAUGCCCCGGAAAAAGGUGCUGCUUUUUCUGUUAGGGACUUUGGGAGCUGCUAAUUUUAUGUAUCUUCAUUUUUAUACUAUUCUUUUUAUGUUCUUUUUGUUAACAACAAAAAAAUAUAUGCGGGAAAGACGUACGAAUUUGAAAAAUAAUAUGUCUUCCUAGCUUAAAAGAAAAGGAAAAGGGGAAGUGAAAAAGGAUAUAAACCCUGGUGUGAGGGACGUAGCUAAGUUAGCUAGCUAGCUAGGUUGGUCCAUGAUUUUUUUUUUUAAAAGAAUUGUUGAAAAUUGUAUAGUAGAAGAUCAAGCUAUUUUGUUCA